GAUCCCGCCGCUGAGCGCUCGCCUGCUCUGUGAGCGCCUAAAAUGUUCCUGGCAUGCAAGGCCAGGGGAGAUGCAGUGAGGAGCGGGGCACUUUUCCAACAGCUCCUCCGCCGAGAGAGCCAGUGGCACGGCGCGGCUCCGCACCCCGCCGCUCCCCUCGGCUUCCUCGAGCAGCCCGACCGACAUGCAGCGAGGCAGGGUGCGGGCGGCGCUGGCGGCGCUGCUGUGCGCGGCGCUGCUCCCGCUCCGCCCGGAGGCCGUCAAGGCGCCCAAGCGGCCGGCGCGGACCCGAACCUGCGGCGAGCGGCCCGAGGAGCUGCUGGAGCAGCUGUACGGGCGGCUGGCGGCCGGCAUGCUCAGCGCCUUCCACCACACCCUGCAGCCCGAGCCGCCGGGCCGGCAGCACAACGCCAGCUGCCCGGCCGGGGCUCGGCCGGCCGCCGACAAGAGGUUCCGGCUCCCCGUCAACCUGCGGAGCGCCUCGCCGUGGGCUUACAGAAUUUCAUAUGAUCCCACAAGAUACCCGAAGUACAUUCCUGAAGCAUACUGCCUGUGCAAAGGCUGCCUCAUGGGGAUCUUUGGCGAGGAGAACUUCCACUUCCGCAGCACCCCGGUGUACAUGCCCGCCGUCAUCCUGCGCCGCACCUCCUCCUGCGCUGGUGGCCGCUACGUCUACACGGAAGAUUAUGUCACUAUCCCAGUGGGCUGCACUUGUGUGCCCGAGCAAGAAAAAGAGGCGGAAAGCGUAAAUUCCAGCAUAGAUAAGCAAGAAAUGAAGUUGCUGGUAAGUCAGAAUAAGCCAUCAUCAGAAUGAAGAAUAUAUAGAGUUGUGUUACAGUAUUGGUCUCACGUCAUUGUUUUACCGCCUCCGGAAACUGCACCACAGCAGCAAACACAUUGACUUACCCUCUUUCUGUACUUGCAGUUAUUUCAGUUAUGAGAUGGAAAGUUUUGUCCAGUCUCUCUUAUCAUUAGAGAUGACAAUUCAUAUUAAGAACUUCUUUAGUUCAUGUAAGUAUUUGUUGCAAAUUCCAGCGUAUCUUUUUUUUUUUCUUAGAGCAGAACAUUUUAUCCUUGCUUAUUCACAGUAAAUUUUAGAAGAUGAUGCAAUUCUAAGACACGCUAGCUAGCUAUUACUAUAGCAGACUACUGGUUGUAGAUAUUUUUAAGGAGUCUCUUAUAGUCUACUUUUAAAUACUCAUAUAAAAAUCGCAUAGCUGCUGUACAUGUGCCAAAUCAGCACUUAGUUACAAGGGUAUUUUCUUAGGCUGGGAGACCCUUUCUUUAUAUUGCAUAUCUCAACUCCAAGCAGCGUGCUUGGCUGUUACAUCUUUGGCUAUUUAUACACCACAGCAAGGAAACGUUUGCUCAGUUUGAUUUUCAUUAAACAAUUUUCUAUGAGUUUGCUGUUUUUAAGCUUGCCAAAUUGCUGAGGGUACCAAAGCGUUGAGAAGCAGCAUGCUAGAAUAUUGUAAAACUGCAUUGAGCUUUUCUGAUGUGGACUAAGUCUAAUUGCACAGAAAAUAUCCAUUUGAAAAAAACCCACAUUUUGAGUUCCAAUAAUUCUGUAUUAGAUUUCCUUCAUCAUGAACUGCUUAACUGUUCCUUGUGACAAAGCUGUAUUCUGUACAGUUGAAAGGACAAAAAUCUUUUCCAAGUUAGUAGAGGAGAUUCCUCAUUUAAAAAAGAAGUAUGAAGGGUAGGGUUCACCUCAGGUACACUGCAGAUGAGUAAGCAGGGUAGGUCUUAACUUGUAGGUGCUAUAGAGGUCAUUGAGGUGAGUCUCAGCCAAUCCAAACGUGUUAAAUCUAACUAGUGUUAUAUCCAACUAUACAAUUAGUGUCACUCAUUUUUCCCUAUGUAACAGACAAUCACCUGCAAAAGUGCAGUCUUCCAUCUUUGCAGCUUGCAGGAACUUGAUGGCAAGCCCUAACAACAAACCCUAGACACACGAGAAUUUGCAUUUCAAGAAAAUGGGACUGAAAGUUGACUCAGCUGAGUGAAUGAUAAUCAGGAAUAACCAGGUAUACCUUGCACAAACAUCAGAGGGCCUCAAUCACCAAAGCUGAUAAAUCGAUGAACGCACAGCAGAGAAUGCCGUUUAUAGCAGAAGGAUCAUGACUGCAAUAUUGUUACAAAAAAUAAAUGCCAUAUGCAGCAAUGUAUUUGCUACACCAAGAAUCUCAAAAUCGGGCUUACUUCAUAGUGGAGAAAGUCCCUACACUACACAGACACGCUCCUUUGGAGUGUCAUUGGAUAAAGAAUGCAAAGACUGAGCUAAGCAGAAUGAACAAGGUCAAUGGAGAAUUAAAAUAAUAUCACAAGUCUUUGUCUUGGUGCAUAACUAUUGACUGUGCUCCUUAUGAGUCAGUCUAGUAUAACUAUUGUUAUAGUGCAAUCUGUAUAGUUUCUUAAAAAGCCUAAAACAACCUUAAGAAUGCCAGAAACCAAUAAACAAUUCCUAUCACAAUGUCA